UAUUAGACAAUUCCAUAACUCUUAUUUAAGGAAAGUAAGAGAAUAUUCUUUUGUAUAUUAUGUAUCAAUUUAAUAGUUAGUUUAAUAAAAAGUAUAAUAUAAGUUAAGAUAGACCAACUCAUUUCUCUAAGAAAUCUUAAUUUCAUUCUCAUGAUAACACGUGACUACGAAACAAUGUUGUAAUGUUUCUCAAUUAAUAUAUAAGGGAUUACUGAAUCGUAAUUUUCUUUGACUAAAAAUCAUAAAUACAUAUUAUUGAAUGUGUUAAUUAUUAUUAAUAGAUAAUAAAUUCAUUGGAUUGACUAUGUCACGAAUUAUAAUUUUCUCCCAUCUUUGAACAUAAAUUAAUUUGGUAUUCUUUUUAACAAAUUAGUUAAAUUGUAUUUUGACUAUGACCACUAGUUUGGCGUGUGCUAUAUUUUAUCACAAACUCUUAACAAUCUCUCUUUUUCUACCAUAAAAGAAUCUGCAAAAGCAGUAUCUUCUCACACAACCCAAAAAAAAAAAACUAAAAAGAGAGAUCAAACUCAAAGAGUGAUCAAUCAUGACAAAGAAGGUAAAACUUGCGUUUAUGAAAAAUGAAAAAUCAAGAGCAAUAACUUUGAAGAAAAGGAGGUCGGGGUUAGUGAAAAAGGUAAAAGAAAUAUCAACAUUAUGUGAUGUAAAAGCUUGUUUGAUUAUGUUCUCCCCUAAAGAGGCUGAGCCAAUGGUGUGGCCAUCUGCUGAGGCGGCUCGUAACCUCCUCAAAGACUUCGAUGCCUUGCCGGCGUUCACGAAGAAGAAGAAUGAGACGAGUCUGGAGUCGUAUCUGAAGGAGAAGACAUGGAAGGUUCAUGAGAGUUUGAGGAAGAAGACUCAGAAGGAGAACAUGGAGUGUAUGAUGGAUCAGUUGAAGGUGCAACUAAGCAGCUUCCCUAAACUUGAUGAUCUUGACGUGAAGGAGAUCUAUUCAUUGAUCUCUCUCUCAAAGGAUGCCAUCAUGCAUUUAAGGAAGAAGAUAGGUUCUGUUCAGCAUUGUCCUCUUCGCGAUCCACCGGUGUAUCCAUUUGAGGAGCAAGUCAAGGAGUUUAGGACCACCACAGGAGGCGGCCAGGAAUAUGAGAGAGCUAGGAAGACUUAUGAAGAGGUGAACAUGGCUAGCAUUGGUGCUUCAAAGGAGAAGCAAACCUACUACUUGAUGGAUGAAUGGAUUUUCCCAUCUUUGAAGCAACCUUCCCCUCAAACUCAUCAACAAAUCAUGAUGAACAUGGCGUCUUACAACAACAACACUUUAAACCCUAGAUGUUAUCAGAGCUAUCAUCCAUAUCAAGGAAGUAAUAGCAAUGGAAACCAUAAUAUGGAGAUGGCGCCGGCUUUUCCACCAGCGUUGGCCUUCCCUGAUUUUGUUGGACCAGUGUCUGACCCGCACCCUUAUGAUUUCAUGCGCCAUGAGGAACGAAGCAACAUUGACAAUAACAACAACGCAAACAAUAUUGGUUUUUGGCCAGAGACACCACCACCAGCAAAUGGAGCAACGGCCGAAGAAGGUAUUGUUGGUGCUAGCUCAUUUGAUAUUAGUUAUCUUAUGGAUUACCCGGGAAUUAAAAAUCAUCAUUUCUAGAUUUGUAGAAAUGUAUUAUGUUUUUAAAUUUGGCAUGAAUUUCUUUGAAACUGUUUGCCUGUUUGUUUUUUGGCUUCCUGAUUAUGUUUUGUGUUUGUAUGCUUUUGGAUUUAUGGAUCUUUAUUAUCUUUUGUUAUUUUGAAUAACCAUGAUGUCCAAUGUUCAAAAAAUCACUAGAUGGUGGUCAGACGCCUUAUAGAAUAUUAGUGUUUAGUGACUUUAGUCAGACGCUUAUAUCUAUUUUUCUAACGUUUAAACGACUUAUAAAAAAAUAUAUAUAUAUAUUGUACACUAUCUAUACAUUUUCGUGAAAGACAUGUUAUUUAUCAAAUGUAACAUUUGAGUGUUAUUUAUAAAAGACAUUGGAUAUUACUAAAAGAAAAAAAUUCAACUUCCACAUAUAUAUCUGACUAUUA